AUGGCAGAGGAGCAAACCCCUAUCGAGCCAGCGGCUGCAUUCCAGUCCACAGCCCCCCCGCAAGAAGCUUUACUCAACGGCACAACAACCCAACCCAUUGACAACACACUCACGGACACCGCAAUGCCAGAUGCUCCCGCCCAACAAGCUGCUGCUUCACCCUUGCCUGUGGUGCAAGCACCCAGCCCUGCCCCUCACCGAACUGGGACACCUACGCAAGGCUCUCGAGCGACUUCAGCACACCCAGACCUAGGCUUGACCAUUCCUACCGAGGCUCCACCGCAUGGGGAUUCUACACGGCGGUAUCUGAAUACCAAAGUCACAGGUGUCUUGCUGGAAGGGGUAAAACAAGUCGCCAAGGAUAGGCCUGAAGACCCAUUACGAGUACUUGGGGAGUAUCUUAUUCAGAAAUCAAAAGAGCUAGAGGGAACUCGAUAA